AUGGAAAUAUGUCUGUUUGUGGCUUCACAACCCAAACUUGAUCCUGCUAGUCGUAAUCAGUGUUCAGGAAAACACUUACGAAAUUGCAACCCCAAAAUUCAUCGUAGCAUCAGCCUACCAAGGAAACUCAGCGCCGACAGUGGCCACGGAUCGUAUAAACAGACAGCAAUUAAACGCCAGGUGAACCAAAUAGUAAAUUCACGCUUGAAAAGCAGCGAUACCAGUUCGGACAUAUCCAACGUAAACGACAACGUAUUUGAUCAACAAAGGGUGCGCGACAGGCCGCGGGUGUCGAAGUCAAUGGAAGUGUUCAAUCAAACAGGGACUGAAAGCGAUGCAGCUCUCAAGAAUCUCAAAAGAGAAAUCUGGUUGAAUCGUGGUUCUUUGGAUGUCAGGAACAGCAACAAUUUGACAAAGAUCAAAGACGAAAUUAAGGAAUAUAAAACCAAACUGCGGCAGAAUAUUUAUUAUUUACAAAUGGUGCGGUCUAAUGAAGCAUCACCAUCCAAAUUAUUACCGACUGAAGGCACCGUAGAUUCUGAAUGGCAUAUUUCUAAUGAUAUGAAACCAUCCGAUGACGUAAGCGCCAGUGAAAAAGAAGUUUUGCCAACUUGGAAAGAAUCAAUUCAAAAAAAUCUCUCCACACAAAUUCCUAGCAAAAAUUUUAAAGAAUAUUCAAAGCAUAGCGAGACAGACCUAACAAAUAAAGCUUCCAAUGUUAAUUCAAUACUCACAAAAAAUAGUACAGGCUAUUAUUCCAUCUCAAGACCGUCCAGCGAGGAAAAACUUAAAAAAGUGUUUAAUUACCCCAGCACCCAAACAAGUCAAACUACUUUAAGGGAAUCUAUGCGCAGUUACAACACCUACAAAGAAGACCAAGAGUCCCAACAACUUAGUUAUAGACCACUUGCUGCUGAAUCAUCUAAUCUUCUAAGCAUAAAUCAACCUAAUGAAAUCUCCAAAGGUAAAGUGAAAAAUUCGUUUGCCGUUUCCCUUCGAAGUAAUAAUAGUAAUAAAGCUAUAAAAUACACACCUCCGAAGAGGAUUUCUGUUAGAAGUGAUAAGUCAAGACCUUCUGGAGCUAAGCGUGUAUCAGGUUUUACGAGGGAAUCCAUAGCAUCAGAUGGAACUCGUUAUAAAUCUACUAAUUUGUCUACUGUACUAGAAUCGGAGCCGUCAUGGCGAAAAUCUACAAAUGCAUCAAGUCUUAUUCCUCGUGACUCUAUUCCUAAUAAUCCAAGGAAAUCACAGGAUAAUAGGAAUAGCUAUCGAUCUUCGCGCAUCUCAAAAGAUCUCCAAUCUAUUAAAAAUGCGCAAAACCCAAGUUUGAGAGGUGAAAGUAUUUCGAGCAAAAGGAAUACCGUGAAUUCAAAUACUUAUAAAAAUAUUUACCCAGAAUCCAGUAAACAAAAGAAUAUUGAUAAAACAAGAAAAAGGUCAACAGGAGCAAGUAUAGCAACGCAAGGAUUAUCAACUGAUAUUACAAAGGAUACAAAAGACGUUUUGAAUAAAUUUGACUCUUUGACGAUCACAGAUAGCCAAAAUCACUUACAAUUUCGCUGUACUAAUCCUAAAACUGUUAUACAACCAACCAAAGUAGAAGUUUUUAUGGCCAAGAAUGAUACAGCAACGAACGCGAAUUUUAAAUGUCAUCAUUAUCAAAAUUUGGUUUUUCCGAACAAGUGUCAAGGUGUGAUACAACCCAGCUGUCCGUGCUGGAUGGGCCAUAGAACAGUCGCCGCAUGUUGCAAGUGUAACUGUAUAAAGACAGCAGCCACUGAAACACUUACUGAGACAGGUCCUGACAGAGUUACUGAGACAGGCACUGAGAAAAAUACAACGCUCAUUGAUAAAGAAGUAGAAGUAGAUGUUGAAUGCAAUAACAUGAAGUUACAGAAAUUGGUCGUUCAAACAAUGCCGGGCAUUUCUAUAGACUCAUGUGUUGACAAGUCUGUUUAUGAAGACAAGAAAGAGUCCGAUGAAGGUCCCACACAAGAAAUGGUUUAUAAUCAAAUGACUACUGAAUUACCUGUUGAUAUUAAUCCUGUUAGUAAUAAUUCAGGAUGUUUCCCACGUAGGAAAAGCAAAUCAAUCAAAGGAUCAGAGGAGAAAGAAAUAGAAAAGAUAUUUGCUAAAGAGGACUGUUGCAAAUCGCAGCAGACAAAAAUAUUAACAGUGGACAGAGCUAACAGUCCUGUAAUUCUAGAAACUUACACAGAGUCGUAUUCAACAGUUGAAAAACCAAUAGUUGAUCGUAUUUCAGUAGUUAGUGUAUCUUCUAAGAGAAUAAGCAAACAGCCAUCGACAAUUUUAAAACAAAAACAAAGCAAUAUAUUUAAUUCAACAAAUAACAUUUUGGAUGGCGAAGGUACCCAAACGGAAAUCUCACAAAGAAAGGUUUAUAUAAGCGACUACGUUCAAGAGAAUGAAUGCAUACCAAACAUUACAUGCGAUUCUUGUCAGAAAUUUGAAAUGGAUAGAAAGAAGCGUGAUUCUGGUUGUUGUAGUUAUACCACUAAAAUCAAACGUGAUCCUGUGUCAAAAAAAUGGUAUAGACGCAAACAUUGCAGAAAUCAAGGUUGUUGUGUUAGAAGAAGCAAAGAUUUCAGUUGUCCUAGCAAUAACUGCCGCCAUGAAGAUUCUAGAGAAUGUUAUCAUGUUGAUGACUUAUCCUCAGAACCAACAACUAGUGUCAAGGAAGAAGUAGUUCGACAUAAAAAGAAUAAAGUACCUGAGACACCAGAGGUGAAUGGCUGUUGCCAUUGCUGCAAGCGGAAAAAGAAAAUGUGUAAGAAUGAAAAUUGUACGAGUGACAAAUGCAGAAUCAAACUUAUACAAACUACUGAUACUCAUCACUAUGAAAUUGUUAAAGGAGCUAGUAAUCCUCAUAUUUCAAACGAAGUUACAAAGGCAAUUGAAGCUCGGGCGAGUCGUAUUUCAGAAAAUAAAGUUUGUAAUUUUACAGUUCCAGAAACUGAAAGAUAUUCGGAAUUAUAUCAGUGUCAUACAGUUCCAUUAAGGGUUAAUUUUUCCAAACAAGCAAAUAUUGCACAAUGGCCUGAAUUAUCACAAAAUGAUACUUCUUCAAAUAAAUCCUGGCAAUCCAAAACACCAGCACUGCCUGUGAGAGCCAACAAAAGGAGUUGUAUAAGAGUUGCUCAUUGUGCCAUUGAUAAUAAUCCGCUGUUUCCGAAUUUAAAUUCAGAGUUUUCUGAUUUGAAAAGUUUAGAUAGUAUAACAAUACCAGAACCUUUAGAUGAUUUCAUGGUUGUACGAGAUGUAUCAACUCAAGUAGAACUUAAAGGAUCAAAAGACCCUAAGUUAUCUUGUAUACAACCUCCAAUUAUUCACAAAUCAGAAAUGCCAAUUCAAAAAAAAAUUGCCUGAGGCUACUGUGGUCGAUUCUUUCGAUGAUUUUUUGAAAACUAUUCCCCAACAUCAAGAAGCACCUGAUAUUGAAACCAUAAUGCCAUAUAGACAAGAAUAUACUGAAAAACUGCAAGAAGAUCGAAUGAAAAGGAAGAAGAAUAAAAGUUUUUCGAAGAAAAAACCUUUUUUUGAUUGGAAGAUCAUGAGAAAGAAAAAAGUUAAAACACCGAUAAAAAAAGACUCAAAUUAUAAAAUCAAAGACACUGUGGAUCAGAUAUUAUCUGAAGGAGAGGCAGAAUGCAACUGCUCGAUAAGCAUUGGAGAAAUACACGCGUGUAAAACAACUAUCAACGAUCAGAAAAUGACAUCUAAGAAUGAAAAUGAAGAACAAAUCCACGUGGCAGCCACAAACCGUCGAUAUUUCAACAAAAACAUAGUCUCUUAUUACAUUUCAAGAUCUUCCAAUGACUCUACCAACAAUUAAACUUCAAUCAAAUAUUUCCGAAAUAAAAUAACAUCCAACUCA